AUGAUUACCUCAAAGAAUCUUAUCAGAAUGACAAGAAAGUGGCAGAAGAUAGCAUCCAUUGGAAGUAAAAGAAUCGCUUCAACAAGAACCAGUAAAAUAUAUAUUGAUGCUGCAAAACAUUCUAAUGAAUCAUCAGUAGUUGAUAAAGGCUGCUUUGCUAUCUAUACAAUAGAUAAGAGAUGUUUUGUGAUUCCCUUGGCAUUUCUCAGCAACAGCAGUUUUCUUGAACUCUUCAAGAUGUCUGAAGAGGAGUUUGGACUGCCAGGUGAUGGGCCUAUAAAGUUGCCAUGUGAUUCAGUCGUCAUGAACUACAUUGUCUCCAUUGUGAAACGAGGAUUAGCUAAGGAUAUGGAGAAAGCAGUGCUCAAUUCCAUUCCUACUUACCGCUGCUCGUCAGAUGUUUAUUUCAAUCAAGUAGAUGCAGAUCAACAGUCACUUUGUCAUGGAUUCCAAGUAAAUUGGCUUUGA